AGUGGAGAUGGAGCACCGCGCUGUAUGAGACCACUGUAAUAAUACUGAUAAGAAUAAUAGAAUCUUUAUGUGAAAUAAAUAAGAAUCUUAGAAUUACCAUACACACAAAUUACGUUACUGGCAACCACUAAUCAAACGCAUGUUUUUGUUCACCGCCAUUUCUUAGCUACAACUGGACAACAUACUUUAUUGUGAACACGGGGCAAAGCUACGGAGAUUAAACACAAAACAAACCAAGAUUGUAAGAAUUCAUUCGUAAAUAUAGCUAUAUAAAAUUGAUUCAACUGUUAUUUGGGACAGCGACAACAAUGAAUCGACAAGCAGAAGCCAAGGCCGUCGCCAAGAAAGGUCAUCAGAAAAACGGCGAUUCAAUCCUCUCUGACGCUAUGCAACGCGGUGAUCGUCACGACCAGCGCAAGCCAUUGGCUGAUAUAACCGGAAAGCAACAGGCUGCGUCGCAGCUCGGUGCUCCCAAGAAAAGGAAGAACGGUAAACAGUACACCAAAGAACGUCAAACAGCCCGGCCGCAAACGGCCAGCAAAGAGCUGAAAUCGGAACACGGUGGGAGAUCUUCUUCGAGCGGCAGAACGGCAGACUCUCGCUCUGCUGGCAAAAAACCGUCCAAGAAACAGAUUCUGAUGAGGAAGAAAGAAAGGGCGUUAACAAGGGAAAGCAACAAGAUCGCUGGGACAGAAGUGAUUCUCUACGAUGCACCGUUCGCCCAGAGGCAGAAAGAGGCGUAUUUAGGUCGUUGCUGCGUGUGUCGCAGGGAGCAGUACUCCAUGAAGAGCUGCAGUCGGUGCGGGCAGCUUAAAUACUGCAGCCGCGAGUGCCUGCACAAGCACUGCAAGGACGAGGUACAGAAACAGAUGUGCAGUAAGUAGGCCUUCGUGUUUGUGGUGUUACGUUAUUCGUUUCUUAUGUUUAUUAGUAAUAUCUUUAAAGGUGUGGACCAUAAAGACUUAAACGUGUUAAAUAGAGAAAGAAUUCCCUCAUCUUUAAAAUGUUUCGAACAUUUCUUAUUUUUAUUUUUUUUUUUCCUUCAUUGACAAGUUGACAUUUUGAUUACCCUUAAGAAAACAAAUAAACAGUUUCUGGUAAAGGUUUAUAAUUUUAAAGAAAAAUUCAUGUUUAUGUGUUUUGUUAUUUUACAUAAACUCGAAGUAUUAAAUCAUUAGAAUACCUCAAAAGAUUUAGAAGGGGGAAAAACACACACAAAAAACAUUGUUUUGUUGUUAUGAAAACGUUAAAAAUGAUAUACAAUUUGUUUAGUUAAUUUUUAGAACUAAAUAUACAAACCAAAUACAUUUAAAAUAUAAUUGCUUUACUUUAUGUGGGGGGGGGAGUGUUGGAGUAGUCAGGGGAGCGGAGGGGGUGGUCGGAUGGCACUUUUACUUUUUUGUAUUGAUUAAUUGCACUGUCAGCCACCAGCACAUGUUUGUUGUUUUUUGUUCCGUGGAAGGGUACGGGGUCCGUCCUGGAGGUUACUAAACCAUAGUUACGCCACUUGGAUGAGGAGGGGGAGGGGUAUUUUUUUAACAAAAAUGAGAUUAUUCAAAUACUUAUUUUACGAGACUCAUAAUGUGAAUUUCUUCCUAUUAUAUAUUAUGUUCUCGAAUUCAUUCCCUCUGUCGCACAGCUCGCGUUGUGGCAUUUACAAAUACACGCAACGGACUCAAGCGAGAAGUCGUCGACAGACUGUUUGCAUCAGGCAUUACUGAGAUCAGUCCGUAUCUGUACAGUGUACCAAGACAAGAAAUCUGUAAGUACUCAAAUAGAAGAAAAACUCUCUAUUUUUUAUGAAGGAAUUUGUCCUCCGACUAUUUAUCAAUAAAAAUAUAUAUAUAUAUAUAUAAAAAAAGAAAGAAAAUGGCGCUCGAUAGGUGGACGGGAAAAGGUGUCAAUUAGACUUCCGAAGAUUGUGCAACCCGGCCAGAAAUUCACGAGCCAAAGCGAAGUUAAUAUAAGGGAUUUAAUUUUUAAAAACCCUAAUAACAAAGUUUUUCGUAAAAAUACUUUAUAAAAUGUAAUUUCGAGAUGGGUUUUGGGAAGGGGGGGGGGGCGGCUGAAUGUUGAAAAUUUGAUGAAACGUGCAUACGAGUAACGCACUUCAUAAGAAUCCCACUAAGGUCUCCCCCCGCCCCCGCCCCGCCCCCCCCACCCCAAGCCUCGCAAACACACACAUUUUUCAUGCUCCUAAACUAGUUUAAUAUUCCAAUGACUCACCCGCUAUUACACUGCAGAUUUAUGUCACCAACUAAUGUCAUGAAAACUAAAGGAAAUAUUCCGCACUAAACGAACUUGCGAUAUUUGGUUUAAGAAUCUCAUUUGGCGCAGUUAUCGGGAAUUUUAUUUCGUGAACUCGGUGUCAUUAUAUUUCUUUCAUCGUACCCUUGAAAAACUAGAAAAAACUGAUUAUUGGGCAUCGGUGUUUGCCGAUCAUUUGAAAGAAUGUGUUGGCAACGAGUCCGUGCGCCAACUUCCAACUUCGGCUCGGUAGGUUGGCGGGAAGUGGGUCGAUUAGCCAUCCGAAGAUUUUUGCUAUCCAGGCAGAAACGCACGAAGAAAAAACGAAGUUACUAUAAAAAAUUUUUUAAAGAUCAAUUUUUGUAUAAGGAUUCCUUUUGAUGUAUUUUUAUAUCUGUUUGGAACAUUUUAAUUACGUUUAAAUGAAUUGUAAAAAAAAUAACCACAUAUGUAUACAGGGUCAUGCAAAAUGGCGGGGGGGGGGCAAAAAAGGAUAUCCCUCCGGGCGCCAUGAUCAGAACAAGCCAAAAUCGUCAUUUUUUUCUUGCAAAAUAUGUGUGCUAAUAAAUUACAUUAGGGGGAGAGGGUGCCUUAAUUCAGGCUUUGCCCCCGGAGCAUCUUUGCUUGUCUCGGCCCUGUAUUUAUAAAUUAUCAUAACCCUAUUUGACAUUUAUUAAAAAGUAUAUAUAUUAUGAACUUAUUUCACAGACGAGAUGCUGGAUGGACCAAUAAAAGCGGUCAUUUUACAAAUCCUUGAAGUGAAUUUUGAUUGGGUGUCCCUGAAUAUAUGCGUUCAGGUAGGUUCCUAAAGUUGUUGAAAAGGAUGCGCAUUCAGCAUCUACUUUGCCCUUUGAUAAAUGUAACUGCAGCAGACGUUUACCUGUCUGGUAUCAAUUUAAUAAAAUGUUUUUUUUUUUAAAGUUUAAUAAAAUAAAAUAAAUAUUCUGUUGAUUCCGAUUUUCGACAAUGCCACAAGAGCUUUUGUUAGAGCAUGUUAAAUAAUUCCGAAGAGAGUGUUUCUUUAGAAGAGGUUUUAAAGGUUGGUGCAAGGAAAAUAGUGAAAUGUUAGAACCCUCCUCAAAACAUUAAAAAAAUGUAAAAAAACAUUGACCAUUGAAAAAAACACAAAGAAGAAACAAAAAUGGUGUCAUCCUAAAUUAUGUUCGACCCUAUCUGAUUGUCAUAAUGAUGUACUGGAGGAUUCUUUUAAGCUCAAUAGAUUCGCAAAAAAAAAAAAAAAAAAAUAACUACUAAAAUAUAAAUAAAAAAACAUUGACAAUUAAAAAAAACACAAAAAAGAAAAAAAAAUGGUGUCAUCCUAAAUUAUGUUCGACCCUAUCUGAUUGUCAUAAUGAUGUACUGGAGGAUUCUUUUAAGCUCAAUAAAUUCGCAAAAAAAAAAAAAAAAAAAUACCUGCUAAUAUAUAAAGGCGAGGAGUUUGGUGGCAUACAGCUAUGGUGUUAAAUAGAUUUUGGAUUUUUUUAUUCUUCUUUUUCUUUAAAAAAAAUUACUAAAUUUCGUAGUUAUCUGAUAGAAUUUAAUAAAAUAAUUAGGGCGAACUGUUCACUUUUACUAUAUCUGAUUGCUCGAUAUAUUAAAAGAUUUUUAAAAAAAAUUAGAAUCCGAGUAAGAUAUAAAUAUAUAAGAGAAGACUAAAAGUAGACAAACUGAAAGUAAUUUAGACAUGGGCAGACUGAAAUCCCAAAAUGGCAUUGUGGGUAUUUUGUUUAAGAAGUACCGAUGCUCAAACAUUUUUUUUAGAGUAACGAAAUGAGCCUAAUUGAUUACUGAUACUAUUAUGUGAUUAUGUUUCAAAAUAUAUUAUAGUAGAAGCUUAAUAUACUCAGUUGCAAUACUCAAAUGUUACAAAACUUUCAUAAGUUGUCUUUGAGGUCAUAAGUUGUUAUUAAGUUCAUAAGUUGUUAUUAAGUUCCUAAGUUUUCAUUAAGUCCAUAAGUUGUUUUUGAGUUCAUAAGUUCUUUUGUUUUUCCUACAAGGACAUAAGUGGACAGGCAACUUUGCUUCGAAUUGAAUCAUUUUUUGGCCUUUCCAAAAAGGGUGACCAAUGUAUAGCUACUGACGGCUUCAGACAGUCCAUAAAACCGGGCCAGUUUCUUUUGUUGGUGAACGGUCACUGGAACUACCACACAGAUAGUGAUUCGGCCGCCAUUGACAUCGCAGAUUUGCAGUAUGUUGAGCUGAUCCCUGGUAUAAAGUAGAACAAGGAGCGAACAUUUUCAAUAAUAUUUCCAAAUUUAAUAUAAAAAAUAUUCUCAAACGCAGUACCGCCAUUUCGGUUCAAUUCUUUCAGAGAAUUCGAUAUCCGAAGGUUUUGUGACCACGAUAACCGAUGUUCUGUUUACCCUUGUUGCCUGAUGGGCCUAAAUGAAAUUCACAAUGUAUAUCGGAUCGUAGGCCACAGAAGAGAAUUCUUUUUUAAACUUCUAAAGCAUAAUAUCAAUUACGAUAUAUAUGGGUGCCAGGGCUAAAUAAUGAUCAGAAACGUGUGUGUCUUACGGAGAUGGGAGAUGUAUUUCGAAUUGAAAAGUUUCGCAUUUAAUUAUUUUAAAUUAUGUUGAUCGUGAAGCUCAUGGUGGUUUAUUACAUGUCAAACAAACUGUUGAUUUAUGUAAAUAAUCCUGCCAACAAUCUCUCUGUCCCGCCCCCCCCCCCCCCCCCACCAAAAAAAUAUGUAAACAAUCCCCCCAACAAUCUCCCUGUCCCCCCCCCCCCCCCUCCCCCACCAAAAAAAAAAAAAAAAACACAAAAAAAACCCCCACACAAAUACUGAGAGAAAGAUUCAGGAAAAUGAUUUGCUUUUCCUUUCAUUUGAGGUUAGCAUCAAUUGGAUGGAAAGGAUUUCCAUGGAUAUUUUUUUUCCAACUUUCUGUAUGAAAGAAUUUUUACUGUAUCAUGAGAUAUCAACUAUGUAAUUUUUGUAGGUCUAUUUUGAAAGCUUGACAUUUCUAAACGACUACUUCUGCAGCAUGUUAGAUUAGCAGAAGCGUAGGCCUACAAUUAAUUAUUUUUUUAAAGAAUGGGCAAAUUAAAUUUUAUACAAUGUUUAAUCCGAUUUUAAUUGUAUUUAUUUGUCAUAAUGAUCUACAGAGCAGAUUUUUUUUCUUUUUUUUCGUUCUGGAUUAAUGAGAUUUGGUCAGAAAACUUAGGGAAACAACUUGAAUACUUUAACUCAUUCUCUAGAUUGAACUUCUGGUUUUAUUGAAUUCUCAAAUUUUCCACCAGCAGUUGACUCUAAAAUGCAGUAAGGAAAAUCAUCUUCACCAUAUUAUCUAUAUUUUUUUAUGUAACAAAAUGUUUACAUUUAAAUAAACAUAAACCUGAAUUGAAUUUUUC